AUGGAGCUCACUCAAGAGUACAGCGAAGGGUUCUCAAUGAACAAGGUCGAAGCCGAUAGGCUCGACGUUCUCAAUGUCCGCAUGCACGGUUUCUUCGGAGGCAAGCUCACUGUUGAACCCAUCAAGCUCUCCGGGAUCAAAACAGUGCUUGAGCUAGGUGCUGGAAGCGGCGCAUGGUCGCUGGAUGCGGCGACAAUCCUUCCCGAGGCAAAGAUUGUGGCAUGA